AUGACGACGCCCACGACUCCACCCGCAACCUCCCCGACCGCCCCUCCCCGCGUUCUUACACAGCUCUACUCGCCGUCGCCUUCUCCUCCCUAUGAUGACCAUCCUGUCAUUGCGACCGACAAGCGGGGUAUGGUGCUGGAGGAUGGAAUGCUGUCACCGCCACCCCCAGCGGCCGAGGUUUGUGCCGUGAAGGAGAAGAAGACGCGACCUAAGAGGCAGCCUGUGCAAUAUAUCUCAAGGCACUUCGCGCCCGGGGAGCUCCUCGCAGCCGAGAGCAAGCCUCGACCCAGGAGGAGCAGGAAGAAGGCAUCUCCCGUCAGAGAUGAGGUCAAAGAUGAACCUAUUCCGCCCGCAACCCCGCCGAAAACACCGGGCCAAGCAACGCCUCGCAUCUACCACGGUCUGAAUGUGGACGACCUGUCCUCUGACUCCUCCCUGACAGAUGUUCCCGAUGAUAUCGGACCUGAUCCCUUCAUCUCGUCUCAAACAGGCGCCGAGGUAGUCGCAGUCAAAACGCCGCGUACGCCCAAGAAGAAGUCGCGACACCCUACCACCUCCCCCUACUUCCCCACGCCUCACCGUGCUCGACCACACUUCCUCUCCACGCUCCCCUUUCCACCCAUCUCCAAUGUCACUUUUGGUCUGAUGCAAGAGCGGCUGGCCAACCGGCCUUUCGAGCUUCUCCUAGCCACCAUCUUCCUCAACAAAACGCCGGGCGAGCGUGCCAUGCCGGUAUGCUACCAGCUACUAUCCCAGUACUCCACCCCGGAAGCCCUCGCCACAGCAGAGGUUGAGGAUAUCACCUCUCUGAUCCGCCACCUCGGCUUCCAGAACCAGCGCGCUCGUAAGAUCGUCGGCCUCGCCAAGGGUUGGAUCGAACGCGAACCCGCCAAGGGCGUGCGGUACCGCAAAGUGGACUACCCGCUCAAGGGCGACGGACGCGACAUCAAGGAUGAAGAAAUCGUUGAUGACAACGAUCCGCGCGUGGCGUGGGAAAUCGCUCACCUCCCAGGCUUGGGGCCUUACUCGCAUGACAGCUGGCGCAUGUUCUGCCGCGACCAGUUGCGUGGUCUGGCGCUGGGAUGGAAUGGUGAGGGCGCUGCUGGAAAGGAUUUCGAGCCGGAGUGGAAGCGCGUGCUGCCGAAAGACAAAGAGCUCCGGGCGUGGAUGACGUGGAUGUGGAUGAAGGAGGGCUGGGUGUGGAACUGCGAGACCGGCGUGCGGACCAAGGCAUCUGAGAAACUCAUGGAUCUGGCGCGAGGUGGCGGCGUAGUGGUCGAAGAGCACGAGGCAGGCAAGGAGACAUUGAGACUCGAGCAGGGCUUUCCAGCACAGGAUCGGGCCAAGCCGGUAGGCGGCAUGCGCGCGGAGAGACCAGCAGGGGAGAUCUUGGACGAAGUAAAAGCAGAGGCUCAGGGUACUGUUUGA